AUGACAGAGCUACAGACGAAGACGAACAGCGCCGUCGAUAAGGCCACGGUGGACCAGGUUGAGAUGUGCGAUGACGGCUCGCUGGCCGAGAACGAGGCGAAGCAAAAACUCGGCCACGGAGGCGACAUUGCGCUGGCUGUGUUGGGCGAGACCGAUGAGAUGGGCGAGAUUGACCCGGCCGAGGAACAUCGGCUGGUGCGAAAGAUCGACCGGGUGCUGCUUCCGCUGUUUGCCAUGUCGUUUAUGUUUUUUUAUGUCGACAAAACCACGCUCUCGUACGCGGCCGUGUUUGGCAUCCAGAAGGACCUGCGCCUGCACGGCACCGACUACAGCUGGCUGUCGGCGCUCUUCUAUCUCGGCUUUCUCGCCUGGGCUGUGCCGGCCAGCAUGUUGCUGCAGCGUCUGCCCGUCGGCCGCUAUCUCAGCACCAUCUUUCUCUGGGGCGUCCUGUUGAUGGCCCAGGCCGCCUGCCACGACUUUGCCGGCCUGGCCGUCUUGCGCGUCGUCGGCGGUGCGGCCGAGGCUGUCGCCGAUCCCGCCUUUAUCCUCGUCACCAGCAUGUGGUACACCCGCCGCGAGCAGCCCGUCAAGAUCGGCCUCUGGUACUGUGCCAACGGCCUCGGUGUUGCCGGUGGCGGUCUUCUCGGCUAUGCCAUCGGACAGAUCCGCGGCCUCUUUGUCGCUAUCGCCCUGCCGGACAGCCCGGUCGAUGGGGGCCCGAGGACCAAAAACCGCUUCGGCUUCGGCUUCUCUUCCUUCAGCAUCAGCCGCAUCCUUCUUCCCCUGACCGCCCGCAAGCGCCGGCUGGCCGUCUACCGUCUCCGCGACAACCAGACCGGCAUCGCCAGUCCCACCUUCAAGAGGCACCACGUCGUCGAGGCCCUCUUCGACGUCAAGACCGUCCUCUUCUUCCUCAUCGCCCUCUUUCACUCGACCACCAACGGCGGAACUACCAACUUUGGCACCAUCAUCACCAAAGGCUUCGGCUUCUCUACACUGGUCACCACCCUGCUGCAGAAUCCCUACGGUGCCUGCAUCUUUCUCUUCAUCCUCAGCAGCGUCUUCAUCAACGACCGCCUGCCGCCCAACAGCCGCUGCCUCGUCAUGGUGGCCUUUCUUCUUCCCAGCAUCGCCGGCGCCUUUGGCCUACACUACGUGCCCAGCGACCAGCGCGUCGGCUGUCUGAUCUGCUACUAUCUCACCGGCUCCGUCACCGCAACCUGGGUCCUGCUGCUGUCCAUGCAGACGGCCAACGUGGCCGGCCACUCAAAGAAGAUGAUCACGUCGGCGCGUCUGUUUCUUGGAUACUGCACCGGCAACAUCGCUGGCCCCUUCUUCUACAAGGCCGAGCAGGCCCCCGUCUACUCUCUGGGCAUCUGGAGCAUGGUGGCUGUCCUUCUGCUCGAGACGGUCAUGAUCCUGAUCCUGCGCUUCGCUCUGGCAGCCGAGAACAGGCGGCGCGACCGGCUGCAGGGCCCAGAGAGAAGGAACUUGGACGCCACCGCUUUCGAGGACUUGACGGACAAGGAAAACAUGAACUUUCGCUAUGUUUACUAA